AUGUUCUUGGCUGUGUCUUCGAACGACUUGGUCAUGCUUUCUAUUAACUCUUUGAGCUGGGCGGCAUUCAUGGUGGUUGAAUUAAACGGUGCAAGAAACCUUUCCAAGGGUUAUUAUACCGAAGAAACCAGUGAAGAAGACAAUGGGUUGUUUUAUAAUCCCUGGGAAGAAGUAAUAAGCCCAGCAAUAUACCUGACGAAUAUAGAAGAAGUACCGACUAAGGAAGAUACAGAAGCAAACCCUACGAUAGAAAAACAGAUAGAAAAGUUCCUACAAAAUGAUGCCCUAGACAAAGAAGAGAAGGAAAGGCAGAAACAUUUUUUCAGAAAGAAAGAAACAUAUUUACCAAUAAUAUGCAGGGUCUCGGGGAAACCACCAUAA